CCCCGCCUGCUCCAGCGCGCCGCUGUUGCAUGGGGCGCCGCCGGCGGCCGAGGGAGCGUGACUGCGCUGCGCAGGGCGCUAGGAGGCAUUGUCGCUGCACAGGCCCCCUUGUGAGCAGCAGACCGGCCUGGUGGCUGGCAGCAGGACCCCCUCGCCUGCAUGCUGAAGAAGAUGGGUGAGGCCGUGGCCAGAGUUGCAAGGAAGGUCAACGAGACCGUGGAGAGCGGCUCUGAUACCCUGGAUCUGGCCGAGUGCAAGCUGGUUGCUUUCCCCAUUGGCAUCUACAAGGUCCUGCGGAAUGUCACCGACCAGAUCCAGCUCAUCACGCUGGCCAACAACGAGCUCAAGUCCCUCACCAGCAAGUUUAUGACCACGUUCUGUCAGCUCCGAGAGCUCCGCCUGGAAGGGAACUUCCUGCACCGGCUCCCCAACGAGGUCAGUACCCUACAGCACCUCAAGGCCAUCGACCUCUCCCGGAACCAGUUCCGUGACUUCCCCGAGCAGCUCACUACCCUGCCAGCUCUAGAGACCAUCAACCUGGAGGAGAACGACAUCGUGGACGUACCCGUGGAGAAGCUGGCCGCCAUGUCCGCCUUGCGCCGUGUCAAUCUCCGCUUCAACCCGCUGAACGCUGAGGUGCGCGCCAUCGCUCCGCCACUCAUCAAGUUUGACAUGCUCGUGUCUCCUGAGGGCGCACGGGCCCCUCCACCUUAGGCCUCCCUCCUCGUGCCCACCCAGCAAGGGACAGAGGCCACCUGGCCUGGCACCCUGAGGGGAGGGAGUCCCACAGACCCAUGGGAGGCCGAGCCUGGGGGGCUGGGGGCGGGUGGGCCAAAGAGCACGUGGUGGGAGGGAGUGCAGCCGGCCCCGGAUAGAUAGCUUAGAGCAGUAGCGGGCCCUGGAAUGCCCAGACGGAGGAGGUGAGGUGGGGCUGGAGCCUGGCCGCUCACAGCUUCUGUGCACACUUGGGCAGGACCCCCGCCCUCUCUGAGCCUUGUUACUUGGGGAAACGGGCAGUGGCGGAGAGGGCCUUUGCCUCCUCUGAGCUCCUUGGAGGCUUUUUGGGCAACAGAUGCCUUCAAGUUACCUUCAAAUCAUCGGGCACCUUCUGAGCCCACAGAUGGCCGUCGCCGAGCGCUUUCUGGGUCCCUGUGGGUUUGAGACCUUGUUUCUGGCGUUGAGAACCAGCCUCUGCCCUGAGAGGACUAGAAGACAACCUCCCAUCCGUUUAUCGUUUCCCGAGGACUGACCCACAUGAGGCCCCCUCUGGGGCCCUAUCCUCAGCCCUGUGGGUCUCUGGAUUGGCGGGAGCCUGAACCGGGAGACACGGGAAAGCCGUGGCCAAAAUGUGGUCGUGUGCUCUGGCCAGAGCUGAGAACGUGUAUAUAGGAGCCCAGCGGCCCAUCGGGCCAGGAACCAGGAGGAGCAAAUCAGGUCUGCUCUGUCCUUCCUCAUGAUUAAGAAAUCAGUGGUGUAGGAAGUUCUGAGGACAGACCAGGUGAGCCUGGCAUCACCCCUUGAGCCCCAGGAGAGGUGACUGGAGAGGAACAAAGCCAAUUGUGCCUGUGGCUCUGGUACGAGGUAGUUGGCUCUGGCGUCUCA